UUUUUACAUAGAAAAAAAAUGUAUUAACCCAGAAAGUACUUAUAUUAUACUGAAAACCAUUAUAAUAUACCUCAGGGAAAUAAAGGAGAAAAUUCAAUUAAAAAUUAAAAUCAGUGAAGGAUCUGCUGAAAAUAUUGUGUAGAACUUAACUGGAGAAAUAAUAAUAGAGUUAUUGUCUCGCGUGCAUAUUAUAAUUCUCCUUUGCAAGGUCAUACAUUUGAGAGAAUAAAAAAAAAAAAAAGAAAAGAAAAAAAAAGAAGUACAAUAUUCAAUUAAAAUUGAUAUACCUACCAAAGUAAAGGUGUAAAAUUGUAUACAUAAUAUAAAAGUGUGUGGUGCGUGGUAUAUAGUAAUUGUUUAUGAACGUCCCCCUUUUUCCGGCACCGCCGACGCGGGACGUCUCGACGCUGUCGCGCAGAGACGUCUUGGACGUCGUGACGUCCAGAGAAACUCUGCCUCGUGAAUUUAUAUCGCGCAGACGUCAUGCUCUCAUCGAAAAAACAAAACCGGUUACCGCGAAUUGUACACGAAAAAAGCGUUGUUACUUGCGUAAAAAUCUUGUACACCCAAGGCAAGUACCGAAGGAAAGUGUUGGAAAAAAUUUACGACGACGUGUAACUGAAUUUCAUCUGACAAUGACGGAACGAAGAAAUAAAGAUGACGAUGAAGAUGAUGCCGAUGUUAUGUGUGCCACAGUAACACCCACAACAAUUUCCGAAGAAAUUUCCUCACGAUUAAAUUGUGAAGCUAAUCAUUUUCAAUCAUCCACGACAAAAUCAACGGGAGUUCAAACAGCUCAUGGACUACCUUACAUGCUACGUGUUCUGCCAAAAGUGAGAGAUAUUGUCGAUGAGGAAAAUUCGGCAGAUCCAAAAAAAUCCUCGAGAUUGUGGAGGCACCUCAGAUUUUUGGGGAGACUGUCUCUAUCGCAAUUUGGUCUAGCCUGGCUCUUGGCAUUUUGGGCAGUCGCCGGAGCAGCGGCAUUCUACAUGACAGAGGGUCCACGUGAACGAGAACAAGUUUUAAAGUUAAAAAAUAUUCAACGUGACCUGGCAGUUGGUUUGGCCACGGAAUUAAGGCUAUUGAAAGCCGAGGAGGAUGAGAUGGAACCACUUUGGAGUAACAAAGUUAAACAAUACGUGGAUAAACACGAAAAAGUUUUAUUACUCGCCGUGAAUGCUGGCUAUGGUGAGGGUGGUCAGAGUGGACAACUUUGGAAUUUUUCCGGUUGUGUAUUAUUUGCAAUUGCCCUCAUCACAACGCUCGGUUUUGGAGCGCCAGUUCCACGAACAACUGCAGGUCGAACGGUGGCGGUAAUUUUUGCCGCCAUUGGAAUUCCAGCUCACUUCCUAUUAGUAUUAAACGUUGGCCUAUUGCUGGCAGUGAAACUUCAACGAUAUGGCAUUAGGCGGAAAAUUAAACACAAAGACGUCGAAAUGAUGGACUCGUUGCCGAUUCCACGAUGGGUGAAGGCUGUACCAUUUUGCUGUAUAGCUGUGUAUUAUUUACUGGGGAUAAUAUGCUUUGGAGCGGCGAGAAUGAGACCGGUUGCCGCUUGUCUUCUGUUUCCUCUGGAUUUUACAGCUGCCGGUGGAUUAGCAACAACUUCCGGUCACGUUAGAAUAUUAUAUGCUCUCUAUCUCGAAGGCGCCGUCACGAUAGCAGCGGUUGCAGUCGCAAUUUUAAAAGUUUCAGCCUCACAAAGUUUAACCAAUAUCGGACUAAAAUAUGGCCUAUUAACUCAUGCAUAGAAACGGUUUUAAAUAUAUUUUCCAUAUGAAAAUAUCUCUCGAGAUAACACAACGAUUUUACACAAAAUCGUCAUUUAGAUUCAAAAAAUUUUCACCAAAAAAAAAAGAUAAAAAAAAAAGAAUUCGAAAAGAAUUAAAAAAGAAUCAAUUAUCAAUAUCGGAAAGUCAGGGUUUUUUCUCACAAGACUGUUUCGAAAAAAAGACCAAUAUAAUUUUUAAAGAAUAAUUGACAACCGUUGUCACAAAAUUUAGACGAGCUUUUUUUUCCUUUUAAAGAAAAGCUGUUUUUUGACUGAAAGAAAUAGUUUGAUUUUUGUAUAUCGUGAUAGAAAAUAGAAUUGUAAAACGAUGUAGAUCGUUGCGUUGAAUAAAAAUUGUGUUUUUUGUUGAAA